AUGUCGUCCAUUUUCGGUUCCUCCCCCGCCGCUCCCCAGACCUCCGAAGAGAUCAAGGCAGCCGUCAUGCGCCAGCUCCAACAGGAAGCUGCCAUGGUCAACGCCCGCGCUCUGAUCGGAAAAAUCAACAAGCACUGCUUCACCGCCUGCGUCCCUACCCCCGGUGCUUCGCUCUCGUCCAAGGAGAACACUUGUCUGUCCAGCUGCAUGGAUAAGUACAUCGCCAUGUGGAACGUUACUAGCAAGACGUACAUCGCCCGCGUCGCAAGCGAGACCAAGCGCCUCGGCGGCCAGGAUGCGGCUGCCAUUGGUGCCAUGGCUACCGGCCAGCCUGAGGGUGGCAGCGGCCUCUUGGGCUAA